AUGCCAAAUGAAUGCAUUUCCAUCAUUGCAGAGCAUGAAGACAAGUUCCAGGGCAAGUACACCCAUAUCACUACUAUGAGGCCUGAGAUUCCCACCACAAUUCGUCAGGACGUAACCCGCAAUAUGCCCAAUAUUAUACUGGACUUCCAGGAUGAGUUGACGUACGCCUCCGAGCAGUGA